UCUCUCCUCACUCUCUCUCACACUCAUAACAGGACAUUUCCAUUCUUUAUCAUCUCAUUUUCCACACCACCUCGUCUCUUUUCUCUCGUUUCUCUUGCCUCUCCCUCUGUCUGGUCCAUGGUGGUUGAGCUUCAAAUCUUCCGUUACAAGACAACAUCUGGGUAGAAUGUAAAACAGCCAUUGGAUCUGAUCUCUGGGUGGGGGAGAGAGUGAGAGGAAACAACAAAAAGGGUCAUGGCGAUUGCGAGAAUGAGAGAAUUGGUGCUCCUCUGGUGUAGAAUUAGAAGCAACCGUGUUGCCCUCGUGGGUGGAAACCACACCGCUGCUAGAUCUGUCAUUUUCGUGCGUCACCCAUCAACAUUGUGGAAGCAUUUCGUGGUUAAAGGCGAAAGACAUACAAUCGAAAUGGACUUGGGUCGUGGGUAUUGCGUCAAGAACGAAAUCAAGACGAAAAAGUUGAAAAGUGUUGAGAUUGGAAUGAAUUCCGAUACCCUUUUGAGCAUUAAGCUCCCAGAUCCGAGGGUUUUGCUAAUUAUCUCAAGGUCAUUGUUUUUGGCAAUGAUUAUUUUGACAUGGCCCACAAUUGAGUGUAUUAUCAAGGGAUCUUCAAGUGCUUUGUAUGACUCUGACGUUGGGUCUGAUCUGAUUGAUUUGGACUGGUUGCCUAUUGUUCUUCACGAUUUGGCCGACGAAGGCCUUCUCAAAAAGGGCCAAAAGUGCCUCAUUUUGAGUUCUGACAUUGGUGCUCUUGAAGAAGUUUCGGAGUUCUUAAAUGAUUAUAAGAUGAAUUUGGUUAUUGGAUCUGAUUUGGACCGCCUAAGCUCGACCCCAGACGAGACAUUUGAUUUUGUGUUCACUACUUGCAGCUUUCAGGAUAGUGAAUCUUUUGAUCGGAUUCUGAAGAUUGGUGGCAUUGUGGUUAUGCAAUUGAGCGAUAACCCUUCAAAUCAGUUUCAACCACAACCCAAUUAUAAAUUUGUAUAUCUUCACAGAUUUGAUUCGACUGUUGUAGCAUUGAGGAAAACUGAUGGGGUGUAUGACUCGGUGAAUCCCCCAACAAAGCGCAGACUUUGUGGUACAAAAGAGGCCAAGAAAGCGGCAUUAGAGGGUCUAGAGAAUGUAUUGCUCGAGCCACCUAGACGACCAUUGGCAAAAUCGAGCAAUGGCUCAAGGAAAAUCAAAUUCCUCCCUGAUUUGUUGAGGGACUCACUUGAAAGCUACCAGCGUAGGAUUUUCAUUACGGAUGAGAAACCAGGAGUUCUGGAAUGGUUUCAUGAGAAUUAUCCAAUGAGAAAUCAGUACUUUGAGAUCUACAGGUUGGGGGUCAAAACAUACGAUACGAGGAGGGUGGACAAAGAAUCAGUGACCAGAAUGGCACCUCGAUUGGAGUGGUCGAUGAAGAAUUUGAGGGAAGAGGACUAUGUAGUUAUGAAGGCAGAAGCACAAUUGGUGGAGGAGAUGAUAGAGAAGAGGACAAUCUGUUUGGUGGAUGAACUGUUUUUGGAGUGCACGAACCAAUGGCAAGGUGAUGAGGAAGAAAAUGAGAGCAAGAGAGCUUAUUGGCAAUGCUUGACACUGUAUGGAAAACUGAGAGAUGAAGGGGUUGCAGUGCACCAAUGGUGGGGCUAAUGUAGAGAGAGCCUUUUUUAAGAACUUGAUCCUACAAUAACUGGUUGUUUGAGCCAUUGCUCUUGAGUUUGUUUUUUUGUUGGUUUUGUGUGAAUUGGAAGAGUUAGGAGUGAAGGUUUCAUCUUUUCUUCCUUACUCCUCCUCCUUGUUUAUUUUCUUCCUUACUCCUUGUCCUUGUUACUAGUGGUGUCUCUUUGGAAUUGUUGGGUUUAUCUGUCCUAUAUAUUGAAAUAAAGGCAGAAGGGGAAAGAAUAAAAGGUUCUGGUGGUGUUUUGUGAUUUCCAGUGCUUGCUAUGGGUGUUAGGUUUGGUCUCUC